UUGUUCAUUGGUAUAUGCUGGAAAGGAGAUAUGCCAGAUUAUGAAGACUGAGGACAAAGCCAUUGGUAAAGCUUUGUUUUCAUGCAUCAAGUGGAACAAACAAAUACGCUUUCCUCUUGAAAUUCGUAAGUUACCAUAUGAGACGAUGCUUGUAUUGCAGCUGUUUGGAACAAGCACCAGUUCACAGACCACAAAGCCCCUGGCUUGGACUGUACUUCCACUAUACAAUAAAAAAAUAUUUGCAUAUGGGACACGAUUGCUUAAUAUGAUCCCUCAAAGUGAUCUUCCUUCUAUAUUUGCACCAGGAUUGUUGGAUACUAGUCAACCUACAGGAUUUGUACUUCAGGUAAGUGAUACUUCUAGGGCUGGUAAGUACAUCUUUCAUUAUAUGUUAGCAAUACUUCUUAGUAAAGUGGAUGCUUCUUUGUUUUCAUUUGAACUAGUAUGUUUUCCAGAAACGAAUCGGCUGGUAUUUGAAAAACCAAGUGAAAGUUCAGAAAAGUUACCUAGUCAAGAAGAAAAUGAAGUGUGCUGCAAGCAAAUUAUGAACAUUUCUCAGAAAUACUCAUUACUUCUUGUUUCCGAGGAGGAGCAGGCUCUGUUGUGGGCUAUUCGUUCUUUUCAUCUUAGCUCAAAGGGCUGUCUUCCCCUGAUGGUGGGCAGUGCUCCAAACUGGAACCUUGACAGCCUACCAGAAAUAUACACGCUGCUGAAGAAAUGGAAUCCUUGUCACCCUUCAGAGGCGCUGGCAUUUCUAACUGCAAGCUUCCCAGAUCAAGAGGUCCGCAGAACUGCAGUGCUGGAACUUGAAAGCCUGUCAUCUGACGAGUUAAUAGAAUACCUUCCACAGCUGAUUCAGGCCAUCAAGACUGAAUGGGAUCUGGAAAGUCCACUAGUAAAACUACUGCUGGAGCGCUCACUACAAAGUGUCAGAUUUGCACAUCAUUUUUAUUGGUUACUAAACAGUGCCUUGGAUGAAGCUCAUUUUCAAAGCUGGUACCAAAAGGUUUUGGCAGCCCUCCAGUUCUGCAUCGGGGAAUCCCUAAAUGAUGAAUUUACCACUGAGAAGAAGCUAAUGAAGGCAUUGGCAGAGGUAGCCAAGAAAGUUAGAGCUGCUGAUGAUUCUAAGAGACAGGAAAUACUGAAAAAAGAGAUAGACAAAUGCCAGCAGCUGUUUCCAGAAGGUCGUGUCUGUCGUCUUCCAUUGAAUCCUGCUCUAGCUGUCCGGGGAAUUGAUAUUGAAGAUUGCAGUUACUUCCAUUCCAAAACAGUUCCCCUGAAAAUUUCCUUAUUCAAUGCUGAUCUACAGAGCAAAAACAUCAGUGUUAUACUGAAGACUGGAGAUGAUCUUCGUCAAGACAUGAUUGUACUUCAGAUUGCCAGAGUGAUGAACAGGAUAUGGCUACAAGAGGGGCUUGAUCUGCAAAUGAUCAUUUAUCAAUGUUUAUCAACAGGGGAAGGACAAGGAAUGGUAGAAUUGGUGAAGGACGCUACAACUCUUGCCAAAAUUCACUCCAAAAGUGGAAUCAUUGGACCUUUGAAGGAAGAUACUCUUGAAAAAUGGUUUAGACAUCAUAAUCCGACAAAGGCUGGUUAUGAAAAGGCUUUGUACAACUUUCUUCAUUCAUGUGCUGGAUGGUGUAUUGUCACCUUCAUCAUGGGGGUAUGUGAUCGCCACAAUGACAACAUCAUGCUAAAACCCAGUGGCCACAUGUUUCACAUUGAUUUUGGAAAGUUCUUGGGAAAUGCUGAAAUGAUUGGAGCCAUAAGAAGAGACAGAGCGCCUUUUAUCUUCACGACAGAAAUGGAGUAUUUUAUCACCACAGGUGGGAAAGAACCACAUCGUUUCCAGGAAUUUGUUGAGCUUUGCUGUCAAGCAUAUAAUCAUGUGAGAAGACACAGCCAGCUUCUAAUGAACCUUCUAGAGCUGAUGCUCUCUUCUGGAAUGCCUGAAUUGAAAUACAGUCAGGACUUGAGAUAUGUUGUUGAAAACCUACGACCCUGGGAUUCUGAUUUGGAAGCUACAAGUUACUUUACCAGAAAAAUCAAGGAAAGUUUGGAUUGCUUCCCAGUUAGACUGAAUAAUUUGAUUCAUAUCUUGGCCAACAUGUCAACAACAAUGAAUUCGAAGAAGGAGCCUUCCAAACAGGACUUACAAAGCAUGCUUCCAAAAAGUGGUUACAUAAGGGAGGCAACAAUUAUUGGCUUUGCUACAAAGCCUGAAUGUCUGUAUGCAGUGAAAGUCGUGUGUGAGAAUGAGAUCGUUGUCAUGGCUCAUAAGACUUUUACUCAGUUCUAUGAAUUUCACAACAGACUUCGACAGUUAUUUCCAGCACUCCCACUUCCAGAAUUUCCAGUCAAGAGAGUAUUUUAUUUGGGUGAUCUCUGUGCAAAAAGGCUAAAAGAGUUGAAUGCAUAUCUUGAAUUGUUGUUUAGUGAAACGUAUGAAGCUGCUGCAAGUCAUGAGCUUGUAAAGAGUUUCUUUCUGGAAGAAAUGAGCACCAAAAGCAAUGAAAAACCUGCAGGUGUUUUGAACACAAACAAGAAACCAGAAGUACAGUUGCUGAUCUCUUUUGUGGACAAUAAGCUAUCAAUAUUAGUGAAGCACCUGAGAAACAUUGUAUCCUCAGAUGGUUCUGCUCCUGAUGCAUAUGUGGAAAUUUACCUUUUACCUGAUACAGAACAUAUAACAAAGAGAAAAACAAAAGCUGUUCCAAAAUCUAGAAAUCCUGCCUAUAAUGAAAUUAUUGAGUAUACUGGGAUUGCACGUCUGGAUGACCAUGUUCUGAAACUCAUAGUGAAGAACAAAGGAUCCUUUCUUGCUGCUGUUAAUCUUACACUGAGUGAUAUCCCACUCGACAAAGACAAGUGGUAUCCACUGUGCAACAGUGAAGUCUGAGAAGAAGGAAUAUGGUAAAACUUUUUUGUCAGCUGUGGACAGCAACAAAGCACUCUGAGAAAAGCACUCUCAGAGGAAUGAAAAACUCAUUAGGUAUAUUUUGUAUACAAGCAACAUCGGAAAACAUCUGAAAACUUACAGUACUAAAGAGCAUACCAUAUUAUGACAUUUUAGUCUUUCUUUUUAUUAUAUACACUUUUUGUAGCUGUUUAUUAUUUCUGUUCCUUAUGCUUCAUCAUGUAAGAGUACCAUGUAUUUGUAAAGAAUAUAUCAACUCAAAUUUGACUUGUCUUAAAGUGAUUAUAACUGGCUUUGUAAAAUAUGAGUGUUUUAUUAUGACUGUAUGAAGACUUAUUUUGUCCCACUAGACAAUGGUUAAAGGUAGGAAAGUGAUGAAGCAAUGUACAAGUAAAUAUAAACUAUCAUUGUGUAAGUGGUAAUAAUUAUACAGUUCCCAAUAAUGUUAAAUAAGUAUAAAAAUAUGAUAUUUCUGUAACUGUCAAGAGAUUUUUAACAGAUCCAUAAAGUUAUAUCGCUGCCUUACAAUAUUGUUCGUAUAAGAAUUUGCUCUUAAUCUUUAAUGUGCAAGCAACAAUACAAUACUGUUAAUCCCCCUAAAGAGUAAGUAUUACCACAUAUUGACAAAGGAUAUUUACAAUCUUUCAUCUAAUUGUCAGUCUGGUUUUAAAGAUAUUGAGGGAAAUCUUUGUCUUUUAUGAAAAGAAAGUCUUUUCAUAUAACAUUUUUAGCAACAUAUCUGCAGCCUACUUAUGACACAGUGGUAUUUCCAUACAAAUAAUGGCUAAUCUCAUGUGCAUUUCCUCUAUAUUCAAGAAUUUUUCCAAAAGUGAACAUACAAACUCAAUGAUAUCCUUACCAACGCUAACUGGGAUGAACUUUAAAUGCUUAAAACAAAAGCCAAGGUCUGAUAAUCAGUCAAAAUAGUUGAAAAACAAUGAACAAAAACAAAAAGAAUGCUGACCAAAUGUCUCUCAGUGAAAUUGAAUGCUUUUGUCUCACUUUAGUUAGAGACUUCUUCAGAAUACAAACACACAGUACUAUACAAUCUGUUAAGUAGCCACAUAAAUCAGGUGAUCUAGGUCAUAUGACCUAGAAAUCAUGUGACUAAGCAUUUAAAACAUACAUUAAGACAUGCAACAGAUUCUAAUCAAAAAUGAUUUUAUAGUCUGGCAGCUCUCAUGCUCAAAACAGAAUUAAUAGACAUGAUAUACAUUUAAACCCAGAUAUACCCCAUAAGUUAAUCUCAGUUGCAUCAUACAACUCCUUGCAUUCAUUCAUGUUUUCCCAGUUUCCACCUCUUAUUGGAUAAGAAACUUGUUCCAGUAUGAAAAUAUGAACUUUUUGAAACUGGUACAUUAUUGUGCAUGCUUAUUAUGGGCAUUAGUAGAACCUUUGGUUUUAAUGCUAUAAUUGUACUCAGAGAUAUUUUGUUUGAGUAGUUAUUCUGUUUUCCCCACAUAAAAACUAUCACAGGAAAUAUAAGAGGAAAUAUAAACCACCAGUUUUGUUCCUCAAGUAGGUUCAUAGAUUCAUAGGUUCAUAGGUUAGUAUAAUCACUCACUAAUAGUCCUUUUAUAACCUGGUCCAGAUAUAUUGGCCUUGCUAUUAAUAAAUCUAAACUGGCUGCAACAACCACACUUAAUCAUUUUCCUAACACUACCUGAGAAAGAGGUAGACUUAUUGCAGUUAGUUUUAAUCUUAUUUUAAGAUUACUAUUCCUGUUAUACACAAAUAAAGGCUCAUCACCCAACACUUGCUUGGGGAGACAAUUCUUGAUGGUUUGGACCCAAUUAUGAUGUAUUAUAUUUUUCACGUGCAUGUCAUUCUUUUUAAAAGGUGAAAUCAGAGCAGUUUAAAAAUUGAUACUCUAGUGCUAGACAUUUGUUUUUCUUACUGAAUCCAGUUGCUUAAAAGUAGGUAGAAAAUCAUUGCUCCUCCUUCUAGAUAUUUUAAUUACCAAGUUGUAGAUUUGUUCCAUGGACUAUCCCAUCUCCAAAGUGCAGUCUUGAAAACAAACUUGAAAGUAAUUAAAAUAAGUCCUUCUCUUAUGUAGGUAGUAUCAGCCAAUGUAGAUUUUCAAUGAUACAGCUAAUAUAUCAGUGCUAGGAUAGAAAAAGGAUUAUUGAUGAUGUGGUUCAUUAUAAUUUUGGGACAAAUGGGGUGGUUUAUAUUGCGUCUUAUAUAUCAAGUGAUAGUUUUUAUGCGGGAAAGCAAAGCACCUACUCAGACAAAAAAAUCUGUGAGCACAAUUAUAGUAUUAAAUUAAAAAAUUCUACUAAUGCCCUUAGUAAACAUCCAGAACAAUGUACCAGUUUCAAAAACUUUUUUCAUACUGCAAGAGUACAAUGCUACUGAUUUUUCAGUCAUAAAAUUUUCCUAAAAGAUCUGAAUGCAAUUGAAUAUAGGGAGGCAAUCAACAAGACUUCUUUUGGUUGUAUACUGCUGACUCCUUCUGAUCAUCAUUGUGCUGUGUUGAAAAGCAUGCACAGUUUAUAUAGCAACAGUACAUUCAUAGACUUAUACAUAUGUAUAUGUGGUUCAGUGUAUUGUACCCAUCACUCCAGCAGGAGACAUCUCUCAGAACACUCAUAUUAUAUGAGAUAUACAAGUGGUCUUAUGAACAUCAGCAAUCAAUGCAAUGUAAUAAAACUGUCCAUUUGCUAAUGAUAAUGCACUGAAGGCUUUUGUCACAAUUAACAGAAUACAUAUCUGUUAUAAUGCAAUGGAUUACACAGUCCGUAUAAGCAAAACUUGUUUUAUAUUACGCUGUUCACAACAUACACCAAUUCUAUCUAUAUAAAUAUAGUUGGCAGCAGUUCUGCAGCUGUUUUCACUGUAUGCACUGAUUGGCAGAGUACAAAGGACAUCAGAAGUAAUCAGUGAGUAGGCAGGCAGUAGAAGUAUUUUUGAUACCCUCCCUGUAAUCCAAAUACAACAUAAAUAUAUUUGGGGGAAAAUAAUGGAUUGGCCUUCAAUUUUAAUAAAUAUAGCAGAACUACUUUUCGAAGGCAGGUGGUCCCUAUAAAAUUUCAAACUGAAUAAUGACUGCUUAAAGAUUGAUACUGUUGUAAAGGAUCUAGGGAUAAUUAUAUGGGAAUGGUAUAUUUGAUAAAAUUUCCACUAAGCAAAAGAUUUUCCUGUGUUAGAACUGACUGUAAGUUUUGUCAAUUGGUACAAUUUUUGAAGUGUGCAAAAUUGAAUGUAGGAUAAGCUGGACUUGAUAGUAAUGCCAAAACUUCCAUGUGUGUGUGUGUGUGUGUGUGUGUGGGGGGGGGGGGUGUAGGCACACUUCAUCCCCAGGACUUAUAAAUACCAACUCUCUUGUUAUACUGACUUGCAGAAGGAAGAAAUCUUCCAAAAGAAGUGAAACACUGCAGCAUAACACCUGGAAAUAAUGCCAUUAAUGUUACGGGAAACAGUGAUCAAUGUUGUGGUCUCUGGCUUUUUUUCUGGCCACUCAUGCCCAAGGAAUUUCAUGUUGACCACAUGCAGAUGAGCAACUGUGAAGUUCUGUCUAAUUUUAGAUAUUUUAAUAGUAAAAUUUCUGUAUGAAAUACUAAAAAUGUUAUAAAAAGAUAGCAUUUUUGUUCUGCUUAUGAACUGUCUUCUGUUUCAUCCAUGCUAACUUUUAUUUCCUAGUAAUUGUUUAUUUUUUUGUUAGCCAAUUUCAUUAAACUUUGUAAAAUAGAAUAUGUAUGCCAAAUUGAGUUAUUGCCUUUAAAUAUAACACAUGAACAACCACAAAUAAUGAAACAACUUUUGGAAAUUAUUUCUGUGAAGAUAAUAAACAACUUGCUCUGGCAAAACUAUUCUAUUUUGAAUGAGCACACAUGCAACAUGUCAAUAUUCAUGUAUACUGCUGCUUAUGAUAUUGCACAGCUUUCUGAACUAUGUUCUAUAAAAUACAUUGAGUUCUGAAUGCAUAGCCAAUAUUGUUCAGAUUUUUAAUUUCUCCAGUUACAGUAGUUUAAAUCAUGUAUUUAAUUUGGAAACCUUCAGCUGAAAUACACAGACAUGCAUGAUGCUGUAGAAAAUCAUAUAUUUAAUUGGUAGCAUUGGUGUAAAAUAUUGUUUUUUUAUUUUUAGCAUUUCACGUGUAAUUGCUAAGAAUGUUGUUGCAAUACAGAGAGAACUGAGACAAACGUAUGGCUGUAUAAGUGUAUAUAUUUCACUGAAACAAUUUAUGUUCCUUAGAGUGUACUUUAGAUAUUUUGGAAAAUAUUCCAGCGUUUUUUUUAAAUUAUUAUGUUUAUUCUAAAAUGUAAUAUUAUCAUGGACUACAUAAAGUGUCUCAAUUAUAAAACUUCUGCAGUUAAGUAAACCAAUUCUGACCAUCUGUCUUCUCUGUACAAAACAAUUUAUUUUGACAGUGUUAACUGUUCAGCUCUUUUGCAACAGUAAAUAUUUAUGACUUUCUACAAAAAUAUAUGUAAUAAACUCUGAUUUCAAAUUUGUAAAU